AUGCUUCCCAUGUAUUUAUUACCAAGUGAUGGUACCGAAUUAGUACGUCAUUUUCUGAUUGAACCAUCACCAAAAGGUGUCAAAUUGAAGGGUUGUAAUAAUGAGCCAAUAUUUGGUACCCUAUCUGCACUUGUAUAUCAACAUUCAAUAACACCACUUGCAUUACCUACCAAAUUAUUGCUACCGGAAUAUGAUCCAGCUAAUACACCGGAACAUAUCUCAGCUGCACAACAACUUUUACAACAAGGAGCUGCAUGUAAUGUAACGUAUAUCAUUUCAUUGGAUACGGAAUCAUUAACCGGACCGGAAGCUGCACGACGAUGUAUUGAUCAAACUUUCGAACUUCUUAAACAAAAAAUGGUUCAACCGGUUUCAGUACAUUUUAAAGUAAGCGGUGAUUUAAUUGUGUAA